ACCUUUAUUGUGAAAAAAUCCAGUCGGAAGUGGUGGUUCUCUACUGUCAUAAAGAAAAAGAAUCAGAACACACGUCAUUUCAUAUUUGGUCACAAGACAACAAUGGCAUCAAGCAGUACAAGCAGCGAGGAGGAGCGGAGCCUCCGAGAGUGUGAGCAGUAUGUCCAGAAGCACAACAUCCAGAAACUGCUCAAGGACUGCAUCAUCCAGCUGUGCACGGCUCGGCCUGACCGGCCCAUGGCCUUUCUCAGGGACUACUUUGAAAGACUGGCAAAGGAGGAGGCCCAGCAGAUGGCUUCGCAGAAGAAGUCUAGCUCACGGUCAGACUCCCGUGAGGAUGAAGUUUCUCCACCCAUGAACCCUGUGGUGAGGGGUCGCAGCAGGAGAGGAGCCAUCAGUGCUGAGGUGUACACUGAGGAAGACGCUGCCUCUUAUGUCAAAAAGGUCAUCCCAAAAGACUACAAGAGCAUGGCCUCCCUGUCCAAAGCCAUGGAGAAGAAUGUGCUGUUUGCACACUUGGACGACAAUGAGAGGAGUGACAUUUUUGACGCAAUGUUUUCCGUCAACUACAUUGCUGGAGAAACGGUCAUCCAACAAGGUGAUGAGGGAGACAACUUCUACGUUAUUGACCAGGGAGAAAUGGAUGUAUAUGUGAACAAUGAAAUGGUGACCAGCAUUGGUGAGGGAGGCAGUUUUGGGGAGCUGGCUCUGAUCUAUGGGACCCCUCGUGCAGCUAAAGUCCAGGCCAAGUCCAAUGUCAAGCUGUGGGGCAUCGACCGAGACAGCUACAGAAGAAUACUGAUGGGAAGUACUUUGAGAAAGCGCAAAAUGUAUGAGGAGUUCCUCAGCAAGGUGUCCAUAUUAGAGUCUCUGGAUAAGUGGGAGCGUCUGACGGUGGCUGAUGCCUUGGAGACUGUGCUGUUUCAGGACAGCCAGAAAAUUGUGGUGCAGGGAGAGCCUGGCGAUGAGUUCUUUAUCAUUCUGGAGGGUACAGCAGCGGUGCUCCAGAGGCGUUCAGAGGACGAGGAGUUUGUGGAAGUUGGCAGACUUGGACCCUCGGAUUACUUUGGUGAGAUCGCUCUGCUGAUGAACCGGCCCCGUGCUGCCACUGUUGUUGCAGUUGGCCCGCUCAAAUGUGUCAAACUGGACCGGCCACGGUUCGAGCGAGUCCUUGGUCCCUGCUCUGACAUCUUGAAGAGAAACAUUGAGCAGUACAACAGCUUUGUUUCCCUCUCUGUCUGAGCGUCAGCACUCAGAGCAUCCUUUCCUCUACUGCAGGGUCUACCAACGCGCAUCAGCUUUAUUUUCCUACUUCUACACUCUUUCACACAUGUUCCCACACCUACGUGACCCCUGACAAGAUGACUUCAAUACGUCUGUUACUCCUAGUAUGUUUUAUUUGUUGUGUAUGUACUCAGAAGAUGCAAUUAGUUUUCUAUGAAGGGAAGAUAUUUGAGCUUCAUCACCUUAAUCUGUUAACGUCACAUAGGUAUUUGCAUACACUUUGAAAGUGUAGCUGAAAAUAAAUAAUGGUGUAUUACUGAGUUCACACUGUUCACUGUGAGUUCAGAGGUCCGUUACAAGUUCUAAAGUACUGAGCUGAUCACAACUGGACAUUUAAGAUCAAAUCAAGUCUAUGUAUUGAUAGACACAUUUUAAAACCUGCAGAUGCAAGUUAAAAACAUUUAGAUCAUUAAUAUGGGAAUAUUUAUAAUAAUCUAGACAAAAUAUAAAGCAUUAUCUAGUCACAAUGAAAUGUGUAGAUGAGUGAAAUAAGACAGAAAUACAGAAUGUGUAAACUGAUUUGUUCCACAGUUGAUGGGGUAACAACGAAUAAUGACCAACCCAAAAUAUGAUCAGUUAUCAUGGUGAAGGUGUUGACGGUGUGAAUGCACAGUUAGUUGCUUUAGUUGCUCUGGACAUCUUCAGUGUUCACAAACAUGCUGGACAGAUGGUUUCAUGCUGACUGAGGAGGCUUUAUGUUGGUGACGGGGUAUGCUAUGUUUGCUGCUGCCCUUUUUUUAUUGGUUGAAAUGUUUUAACCACCUAGUUAAACCAGUGUUGCUCAGCUGGUCCACUGCUCUGCAAGCUUUAGAUAAUCCAGUAAUGUCCGCCUCAGGAUAAAUGGAAAUAACUUUGUUGAUCGGCUGACUUUUCUUAAGCACCAUGCAAAUUUUUUAUUUGUCCAGUAAUUUGAUCUAUGACCAAAUGCCAUUCCCAUCAUCCUCAGCUGUAAUCCUAAUUAGCGAUUGGUAGCAUGCUAACGUGCUAAACUAAAAUGUUAUACAUCUACUAAACAUCAGCAUGUUACCAUGUCAUUGCGUAUGUUAGCAUGCUGGUAUUACCAUGUAGCCCAAAGCACAACUUCCCGAGUACAGCCUCACAGCUGGCGAGGUGUCAUUUAUUUAUUUUGUCUUGGUUGUGGACAGUACCAGCCACAGUACCAGCCACAGUACCAGCCACAGUACCAGCCAUAUACCUACAGUUUGGAGGAUGUGUUACCCAGGAUGAGAAAUGAGAAAGAAAGUAAAAUAACUCUUUAAUUGAAUUUCCACUUUUCAGAUUUCUUUCUUUCUCCUUAGCCAUUGCUUAUUUUAUAAUUAUUAUUAUUUUCAUAAUAUCUUUUAUAUUUAACAUGUCUUGUUUAAAAACAUUAAUUAAUAAUUACAUUUUCAUUAACAUUUUCUGAAACUUUCCUUUUCCUUUUUUUUAUAUUUUUAUUUAGCAGUGUUUGUUAAAUACAGCAGAUAAGCAACACACUUCAGUUGUCCAGGUAUCCCUUUAACUCUGUUGACAUCAUAUGAUCUUGUGUUCUAUUUACAGCUCUGCUACAAAUCUAUAUAUUGACAGUAAAUUACUAUAUUUUUUGCAGAUUUUGUGAUAUACAAAACUAUAUAAUCAAAGAGACAAAUGUUUAUAUGCUGUUAAGUUCACUGUUUAGUGUACUUCUGAUCUUGUCAUUUAAAGGUAGUUCAGGUCAAUACUUACAAAAAAGACAAACAAAAAUGAUUCAAUCAGAAUGAGGGAGAGGAUUUGAUGCAAACUUUGGGUACUUGAGAUACACACUUCAAAAGUAUCGAUAUCAAAAAUGUAUUGAGGUUCAAUACCCAGGCCUAUCUUACACACAUCUACAAGCCUGUGGAUGUACAGUAUGCGAGUCAAAGCAUCACGAGCAUCCUUAUACUCAUUGCUGAUGCUUGACAUUGUGUUCAGCAGUUUUCUGUCACCUCUUCUCUCCACUCUGAAUGUCAUACUGUCGUCCAGCCAUUACCUGGCAAACGGUUUUGCCCUCAACAUUUAUUUUGAGCUCGCUUUUUAUUGAUUUGUUUGAUAUAUAUUUUCUGAUUAGCACCCAGUGUUAAAUGUCUCUGAACGGUUAUGUUUAUCAAAGAUGUCUUAAUGCAAUAGUGUUGCACCCAUAUAUCCAGUAUGGUGUUAUUUAGACUUGAUACUGUAUUGUAUUAUUAUCAGCUAUGUCUUUCUGACUCACUGAUUUAGUUUUUGAUCAUUUGUCAGAGCUGAGAAAAUGAGUGUGAAUAUAUGUCUCUAUGCCUGGAUUAUUGUUUAUUUUUAGUCUUGGUUAUACAGCUCACUGCUCCACUCAGUCAGACCAUCAGUGUUUGUGAAAGUAACAGGAGUGUGCAGUGAGGCGGAAAUCAUUCUUUUCUAUAGUUUUUGUGCCUUUCUUCAGAUUCACUGGAGUGAUUGUGCUGUGUGGGAUUUCUCUGUAAAAUGUCCUUCCAGCGGUUCAAGCAAUAAAGAGAUCAGUGUUUUCAUGUUG